CCGGCGUAUUCCAAUAUGCAGCACUUUGGGAAGGGCGCUUUGCGCGUCGCAAAGAACUACACGAAGGGAUACUCGGAUGUUCAAGCGAAGGUCCGGGAAGCGACGUCGAACGACCCAUGGGGCCCAUCGGGCACGCAGAUGAAUGAGAUUGCGCAAAUGACCUACAACCAGCAAGACUUCGUCGAGAUCAUGGAGAUGUUGGACAAGCGCUUGAACGACAAGGGAAAGAAUUGGCGCCAUGUUUUCAAGUCGCUCACCGUCAUCGACUAUUGCCUACAUCAAGGGUCCGAGAACGUUGUCAUCUACUUCAAGGACAACAUGUACGUGAUCAAGACACUCAAGGAGUUCCAGUACAUCGACGAGGAAGGCAAGGAUCAAGGCGCCAAUGUCCGUCAAAAAGCGAAGGAUAUCACGAACCUGCUUUCGGACGAGGGUCGGCUACGUGAAGAGCGACGCGCCCGGGCGAGUAUGCGCGACCGCAUGCUGCGGGCUCCUGGCGGAGCCGACGACGACGAACCUGAUGAGAACGACGUACGACGGGACCAACGGCGUCCGCGUCGGGAGGAGGAUGAACUUCGGCAUGCAAUCGAGGAGAGCAAACGGAGUCUCGCUCAGGACCGCUUGAAGGCAGAGGAGCGCGAACUGCAGGAGGCGAUUCGUCUCAGCAAGGAAGAGGAGGAAAAGCGGGCGAGGGCUGUUGACGAUUCCAACGCACGCUCUUUGUUCGACGAUACGCAGGACCAACCCAAUAGCAAUCCCUUCCCCAAUAUGCUCGAUCCCGCACCGUACGCGACCGGCUUACAGCCCCAAUUCACAGCUGCGCCUCAGUUCAUCCAACCUCAAUUCACCUCGUUCAAUCCAUAUCAACAACAAAUGGAGAUGCAGCAGCAGCAGCUCCUCAUGCAGCAGCAACAGCAGCAACAGCAACAGGAAGAGUGGAUGCGCCAGCAGCAGCAGGAAGAGUGGAUGAGGCAGCAAGCAAUGCUUCAGCAGCAACAACAACAGCAGCAGCAGGAAGAGUGGUUGCGGCAGCAGAUGCUACUGCAGCAGCAACAGCAAGCGCAACAGCAGCAGCCGUUCUUAAUGGCGCAGCCGACUGGCAUGGGGUCAAACAAUCCUUUCGCGCCAUCGCCUUCAGCGCAGUCGCCGCCGCCAAGUAACACGCUUUCCCCGCCUUCGUUUAACUUGCAGGGCACGUACGACAACAAUUCUCAGCCGCCGUCGUUCGGUGGUAUGAGCCCGUCUCCUGGUCCGUCACCGUCGCCGCAGCCCGGGGGGCAGGGCAUCAAGGUGAAGACGCGCGAGAACGAGAACGAGCGCCUGGCGAACCUGUUUGCGAAUCGCGAUGACGGGCAGGAUACUUUCGGCAAUGUUGGCGCAUUGAGGUACGGAAAUGCGGCGGGUCGGAACAUUCUAGCGCAGCAGACGGGCGCAUCGCACAACCCGUUCGCGAUGCAACAGCAGCAGCAGCAACAGCAGCAGGCGGAGCAACCUUUCUUUAGCGUAUGACGCGUCAGUUCGCGCUGUCCUCGCGCUGCCUGUGCUUGCACGAUGACCGUAUCUGGAUCCUAAUAUACCGUCCAUAAUUUCCCUGUAAACGGAACGUAUACCAACGCGGACUUGUCUUGAUCUAAACAAUGGCUCGCAAAUGGCGCGCGUUGCUUGGAAUUUAUCGCCAUGUUCAUGGCUUCGUCAGUAUC